GAAUAGGUGGCGUAGCAUGCGUGAUGCCUUCAAAAAAUACAACAAACAUCUAAGAGAAGUGAGGAGUGGCUCGGGUGCACCAGCUAGAGUACCCUAUAUGUAUGCAGAGGACCUUGCCUUCUUGAAACCACUCAUAGAGAUGAGAGAGACCGAAGCAAGUUGGGACGAACAGGAUGUCUUGGAGGAUCAACCAGAGAGCCAUUCUGAGGCCCAAUCGGUGGCAGCAGUUUGCAUUGAUCCAAAUGAGGAAAUACCAGAAAUGCAACUUGGGUCAAAUCUAUGGGUCACAAACCCAGAGAAUGAGUCUGGAUUGGCUGAGCCUAUGCCUGGACCCUCCUCUGCUCCUGCAACCAUUGCUCGGCCUGCCAAAGUGGCACGUAAGCGAACGCCAGUAUCGCAGACGGACAUAAGCGAGCGUCUACUGGAGAUGUUACAACAAAUGGCUGGAAAGGUGGAUGCUUUCUUAUGUCCGGCUACAAUACUGGCGCUUAAUUUUGUACCAUUGAUCAAAAAAGUUCUACCUGAGAGAUAUUUAGAAAUGCGAACCACAGUAGAACACGUUCUGCAGUCAUUUACAGUGCCAAGCGAGGAAGCAACAUUGGAAAGGCCAUAUGUAACAAAAGAAACAACACACAUACACUUACCAAUGUCAGGCCAGUACCCAGACCCAGGAAACCAACCUUACCCCUAUGUUCCUCCAUCCUAUACUUCCAGCUUUCAGGAGCCAUCUUCAAUAUAUGAGGUACAACAGAGGCAAACUCCCUAUCCCAUCCCAUCCCCAAUCCCUUCAAUUAGGCCACAAACACAAAUGCAGGGGAUGUAUGUGCCACAGCAACAUUGGCCACAGCACCAUGGGCCACAGCACCAUGGGCCACAGCAACAUGGGCCACAGCACCAUGGGCCACAGCAACAUGGGCCACAGCAACAUGGGCCUCAGACACAUGGGCCUCAGACACAUGGGCCUCAGACACAUGUGCCACAGCAACAUGGGCCACAGCCACAUGGCGAGUCUAGCCAUGCUUCAAGCACUGACAUUGAUGAAACUACUUCAGCAAGUCAAUACUACUCAGAGACACCAUUAUUUACCAAAACAUAUCAACAUCUCUAAAGUUUACGUUAUGCCCACAGUAAACAAGCAUGUGUGCAUUUUUUGGAUCAAAGUUUAGUCCUGAGGUAAACUUGAAGGCAAAGUUUUUAUUUUUUAUA